AUGCAUCUUGACUCCCAAAGACUUGCCUUCAUCCUGGUCUGGCUGACAGCUUUGCUGCAGCUAGUAACCUGUCUCCAAGACGUGGAUAUCGAGUCCCGAUUCCGCGUGGAAAAGGGCGAGAAAGGGCAAAAGGACUACUAUGGAGGGACCUGCAAGGACGUGGACUUGGAUCUGAAUGCCAUGUACAAGGAGACCAUUGACAUGGCCCAGGUGGCUAAGGAUGCCAUGGACAACUACUCGCAGGACGAAAAGGCCCGGAAGAUGCUCAAGAACUACUUCGGCAUCAUCGAAGACGGGGACCACCAUAUCAAAAACGGCCAGGACCGGUUUGACUUUGUCAAGAAGAUAUUCGAAACUAUCCUCAGCGACGCCAAACAGAAACACGACGAUAAAACCCCGUCCCUGUUCUGCGAUAGUGACUGGCGCUUCGCCACGACAUGGCUCUACGACGAGAAGACCGGAGAGAAGACGGACAAAACCCUAGAGGAAACAGGGAAACCAGAAUCCACCAUGUUCUGGGCUCCCUUCUUCAAGGCAUACACGGGGACCAAAGAGGGCUGCAAGGACCAGAAACUGGCCUUCGCAUUCCAGGGCGAUGCCUCGUCGAUUACCAUCUGCCCCUACAGCCGGAACAUGCCCAAGAAGAAGGAGUCGCUGUCGGCAUGGCACUCGGGCGAUGUCAAGGUCAAAGAUAACGCCCCGUUGGUGGCGGCGCUGUCGAUACCGGGGACAUUUUUGCAUGAGUUGACACAUUUGUUGACGCAUGGCGACGACCACAUCGUCGACGAAAAAGUCACCUGGUGGGAAGACUACGACUGGGACGAAGCGCCCAUCGACGAGACCUCGGACGACGACAUGAGCGACAGCGACAAUGACAACGACAAAGACGACAACAAGGAUUGCGGGAAAUCUCAAUACGUCGCCUACACGCCCCGGCUCUGUGGGCUGCUGGCCAGGAAGUACCCGUACAUGGCGAUCAAAAACGCCGAUAGUUACCGGUGGUUUGCGACGGCUAUGUAUAUUCGCCAGUGUGACUGGUCGACUAUGAGAUGCAAGCAGACUUCGUGA